AUGUCGGUCCUGCUAGAAACGAGCGUGGGCGACAUUGUGAUCGAUUUGUUGGUUGAACAUGCGCCGAAGCUUUGCGAAAACUUUGUAAAGCUUUGCAAAGUCAAGUACUACAACUUUUCGCCCGUCCACUCUGUGCAAAAGAACUUUUCAUUCCAGACAGGCGAUCCCCUUGGACCACUCUCCAAGGAGUCUGAUGGAGGCUCUUCAAUAUGGGGUCACAUAUCCGCGGAUCCUGCGAAACGAUCAUUCCCUGCAUUUUUUCACCCGAAGCUGAAGCACGUCGAACGCGGCACUGUUAGCAUGGCCACCGCCCCUCUCUCCUCCGAUCCUGCAACGCGGCUUGCUGCUUCUCAAUUCAUAAUCACACUUGGCGAAGAUACCGAUUUCUUGGACGGCAAGGCGGCUGUAUUUGGCAAGGUUGUGGAGGGGUUUGACGCCCUGGAAAAGAUCAACGAAGCCAUCGUCGAUGACAAGGGCUAUCCCUUGAUCGAUAUCCGGAUUAAACACACCGUCAUAUUGGAUGACCCGUAUCCAGACCCGUCUGGCUUAAGGGAACCUAGUUCAAGUCCUCCCCCAACCUCCGAGCAAUUGAAGACGGUCCGCAUUGCUGAUGAAGCCGCCCUGCACGAGGACGAUGGGGUAGACGAAGCCGAGCUGGAGAGGCGGCGGCGCCAAAACGAGGCCAACGCGCAAGCCUUGACACUGGAGAUGAUGGGAGACUUGCCAUUCGCAGAGGUUAAACCGCCGGAGAACGUGCUCUUCGUUUGCAAACUGAAUCCCGUGACGGGCGACGAAGAUCUGGAGCUUAUUUUCGGCCGAUUUGGCAAAAUUUUGAGUUGCGAGGUCAUUCGAGACGCCAAAACGGGAGACAGCUUACAGUAUGCCUUUAUUGAAUACGAAGACAAGGCAUCGUGUGAAACCGCUUAUUUCAAGAUGCAAGGAGUUUUGAUAGAUGACCGAAGAAUACAUGUCGACUUUUCCCAGAGUGUCAGCAAAUUGAGCGAUGUCUGGAGGAAAGAUACAAAUAGCAAACGACGUGCUCAUGCUUCUCGUGGUGGCUGGGGAGGCGUCGAGGAACUUGAAAAGAGGAGGCAGUACAGAGCCGAAAUGGAUGCCCCAGAAAAGAACAACUACGGCAUGGUAUAUGGUAACGAAGAGAUGAAGGGGCGCCACCAGCUUGGCGGACCAACGAGCCGCAAAGGGGAAGACUUCUCCUCAAGGGAAGAGAGUCGGCGAAAAGAUCACGGCAGUCGAAGUCGCAGUCCGCAUAGACGGGAAGAAGCUCGUGAUAGACAACAGUGGCGACGGGAUGUCGACUACCGCGGGGCUGGAAGAGACGGGGACCGCAGAGAACGGAGUUAUAGAUCCGGUGACAAGGAUGAGAACAGACCAAGAGAAAGGGAAAGGGACCGAGAUCGACACCGAGACCAAGGCAAAUAUCACGACCGUGACAACUCGUACCGCCGGAAAUGA